AUGUCAUCAGGCUUCAAGAUGAAGAGGUCAAGGAGUCCUGACCCGAUAGGAAUCGAUAACUAUAAGAAACAACGGCUAAUAUAUGAUUUCGAAAACCUAUCGUUGGCUCCUAGGGGAACCGAUGGGAUAAAGAAACAUAAAAUUGAUUCAGGGUUGAACUCAUUCAAAGCAGUUGUAAAUAAAAGGAUGUGGGAUGUAGUUGAACGCGAAUUGAGUGGUUCAAACAAAAAUGAUAAGAUAUAUGAAAGAAUAUUCGAUCAUGUACGACAGUUUAACUCGCAGGUAAUAAAAUGGUAUGACUGGCGAUCUGUGGUAGCAAGCUUGUGGGUAAAAUGGUACCAACAGCAUAGUCCAAAAUUAGAUGAAGUAGAUAUGAAUGUUGAGACUGCAGCAGAUUCCAGAGUUGAUCUGGCACCGAAUCUCAUGCAUAGAAAUGAUGAGUUUGAUCACAAUGCGGACAUGGACAUUGACAUGGAUCUCGAUACAGAUCCGUACGCGGAUGCAGACAUGGACAUAGAGCUGGAUGAAUAG